GUGCAAGCAGGAGCGUGAUUACAUAGACCAGACAGGCGUCUGAUUGUUGUUGGAUCCACGCUGAAAGACUGUUCAAAGCCGCAGGUGCAAAUUUCCUGCCGCUCCAGUUCAGUCACUGACCGUGUUGUUUCCCCGAAGUGGAGCAAAGGGGAGGUGGUCCGUCGUGCACAACAACAUGUUCCAUAUCUCCAGUGACACCCCUGUUUUUACAUCCGGUUAUGAAAGCUUCUUCAUAACGGCCAACAAUGUUUAACACGCCAGUUCACAAUAACCGCCACCAACAACAUCACCAUCUGCUCAAAGGAUGAUCUGCCAUUACAGCAACACUCACUACGAAGGAAGGACAGAACAUUCGUCAACGUCAUCAUUAGCAUAGAUAAGUGACACAGUUAUUUGUAUUUGAAUCCCCUUGGGUCCAUGCAAUUUGCCCACUGGACACAGCAGACAGCCAUAGUUUGGACCGGUGCGUUUGUCUGUUGGCCUGAUAUAAGAUGGUGGACAGCCUGGCAGGUGGAGAUGAGGUGAGAACUAGCAGAGAGUCUCUGGCAAAGGAGGGAAAUGGACACCCGCCCGAUCUCCAGGAGACUCAGUCGUCCUCGCCCGAGGCUGGGGAGGGCUUGGAGUUGGGAGCGACGUCUGGCAAGUCGAAUGAUGACCUCGAGGCUCAGGAGGUCAAGCCUGAACCGGCCGAGCAGGCGUGGAAGUGGUCGGUGAUCUUCCUGUGCUUCUACGGCUUCAUGGUGCAGCUGAAACCUGGCGAACCCUUCAUCACGCCAUACCUGCUCAGCACAGAGAAGAACUUCACCAGAGAACAGGUGACUAAUGAGAUCAUCCCGGUCUUGUCCUACUCCUACAUGGCGGUGCUGGUCCCCGUCUUCCUGCUGACGGACUACCUGCGCUACAAGCCCGUCCUCGUGCUGCAGAGCCUCAGCCACGUCGCCAUAUGGCUGCUGCUAUACCUGGGUUCCUCAAUGCUCCACAUGCAGCUGAUGGAGCUGUUCUAUGGCAUCACCAUGGCGGCGCGCGUGGCCUACUCCUCCUACAUCUUCUCUCUGGUGCCCCCUACUGAGUACCAGCGUGUGGCCGGCUAUUCACGCUCCUCCGUGCUCAUGGGCGUCUUCGCCUCCUCCGUGACAGGACAGCUGUGCGUGUCACAGGGCACCACCUAUUCCACGCUGAGCGCCGUCUCUCUGGGGUUUGUAACCUUUGGACUGCUGCUGUCCACCUGCCUGCCGUGGCCCAGACGCAGCCUGUUCUUCAACAAGGCCCUGAGGACGGGUGCGGGCACUGCCAAUGCCACACAGGAGGGCAAGAAGGCCAGCGAUGCCAACGCCACCCAGACGGAGCUGGCACUGAUGAAGGCUGCAGAAGGACAGGACGAGGCGAGGGAAGAGCCAGUUUCUACUGGAGAGAAGGCCACUGCCAAGGCCUCUGGUGACCCUCAGAAGUCCUCCUCUUCUUCCUCCUGGAAGGACUCUGUGUUUGUGGCCAUGCUCCGUGAGCUGACCAACGUGCCGCGCGUGCCCAGCCUGCGGCUGUGGAGCCUGUGGUGGGUCUUCAACUCCACCGGAUACUACCUGGUGCUCUUCUACGUGCACAUCCUCUGGAACAGCCUCGCGCCCUCCUCUGAGAACAAGGUCUACAAUGGCAUCGUGGAGGCAGCCUCUACACUACUGGGUGCGCUGACGUCGUUUGCGGCGGGCUACGUGAAGAUCAGGUGGAGCCUGUGGUCGGAGCUUGUGAUUGGUGGAAUCACUGCACUCAUGGCUGGCCUGCUGCUACUGAUGGGCACCACUGGGAACAUCUGGGUCUGCUACGUGGCCUACAUACUCUUCAGAGGCUUCUACCAGUUCCUCGUACCCAUCGCCAUUUUCCAGAUUGCGUCAGCUCUGACUAAGGAGUUGUGUGCCCUGGUCUUCGGGGUCAACACGUUCUUAAGCACCAUUCUGAAGUCCAUCAUCACCCUCAUAGUGAUAGACAAGAGAGGCCUGGCGCUGCCCGUAGAGUCACAGUUCCUGGUGUACUUCUCCUUCUUUGUGGUCCUGACGGUGGUGUACCUGGCAGGUGCUGCCUGGGUCAUCACAAGACACUACCGCAGCACACACGUGCAGACGCAGACGCACACCCCGCCCACAGCCCUCACUUCACUGGACGCCCAGACACCUGAAACGGAGCCCCUAGCCAAUGGCAGCGGAGUAAAGACGUGAUGUCACACAGGUAAAAGAUGCCCCACCUGAGUGGAUGGUGAAUACUGAAGGACACCAUCACUACACAGAUUUGAAGAGGAAUACACUUGCGGGCUGAGGAGGCUACUUUACAGUCAUUUAGGAGGAAGAAAAGCGAGCAUCCACAUCUUCUUAGGAAGCACAGGUGCUCUAACAGUCAUUGUUGAUGCCAAGACAUUGUACAGACAUAUCUUGAACAAGGUAACGUGCUCCUUACCUUGGCGCUGUGUGCUGCAGUUU